UUAACGUGGUACGUCAGCUCUGCCUGCGCUCUGUUGACGACCUGUUUGGCAUCUCGGUUGUCAGUGGCGAAUGACUGCGCAGAGAUGAUCAAUGGUCCAUUAUUUGUUUUUCGUGCUUUUAUGAGCUCGGGCUGUAUGUUUCUCGCGCGAACCCAGCCGACAACAACUUGAGGAAUCACUCUGGCUGCAUGCGGGGAGACGAGAGGAACGGAAAACACCACAAUAAAACGCCAAUCAUGCGCAUGGACCCGACGCACAACUGUUUCAAUCAACUGGCUGUAGUGGGCACGGAGGCUUCAUGUUGGGUCGUGGAGUAAAACGGAAGCGGGACGUCCAGGAGGAUAAGCUGAUAGGGGGUGUGGACGCUGCGGACCCCAACUCAGCCUCAGGUGUGUCCUACCUGCAGCAGAGGCAGCUGGUCCUCAGCCUGUGCCUGGACAAGCUGCAGGGUUGCCAGAUCCUCCAGGGUUGCCAGAUCCGCACAGAGCCCAGCCUGCACCGCUCGGUCCUGCUGGUGAACACGCUCCGGCAGAUACAGGAAGAGAUGAGACAGGAAGGGGAGGAGUCGGUGACCUUAGCCGCUGCUGCUGCCAUCGCCGCUACAGGCCCCCUCCCUGCCACUCCUGCCACCCCGCCGCCACAGACGCCCAGCCUGGCAUGUGGAGCCCAAGCCUUGGUGCCACUCAGCUCACCCCAGGACCUGUUUGAUGUGAGCGGGUUGGACAGCGUCGGGAGCCUGCUCACCUGCCCGGGCUGCUCGGAGGAAGAGGAGGAGGAAGAGGCUGAGCUGGAGGUGUCUCUCGUCUCGUCGUCGUUCGCCUCCUUGGCGACGUCUACGCCCCUGAUGACCCCGGACGACCCUCCGUCCUCGCCGGAGAGUCGCCCGUCACGCAGCUUCCACUCGCUCCUGGGCUCGUUCGAGCUGGUCAACUCCCCGGGCUACCUGUCCGACCUGGCGCUGGACGACAUCUUCGAGGACAUCGACACGUCCAUGUACGACGCGUCGGACGUGUCGUCCAUCUUGGCGCUCGGCUCCUCGCGGGCGGCCUCGCUCGCCGCCUCCCCCUUCUCUGGGAUGGAUGACGGGGAGCUCAAGAUGGGCGCCAGCUGCCCUUCCUCAGCCACACUGCAGCUGUGCUUCUCCGAGGUCAGCGACCUUGACCACAUCAUGGAAGUCCUGGUGGGGUCAUAGAUCUCCCUCAUGGGGACAGCAAAGGGCCGGGGUGGGUGGACAUUGGCACCCCAGGUUGAAAUGGCCCUGUGGGUUUCAGUCCUACAGCCCCAAGGGUGUUCGGGGGGGCUGUGGUACCCCAGAGAAGCCCGCAGCAUCGGCAAGGAGACCUGGGGUACAUUUUGGAGGUACAGGCAGGGGUCAUGACUCAAAUAACUUAACAUAACUUAGGCUGGGGGGACUCCAUGGGGGUUCCAUGACUAGGGGAAUGAUGUGGUGGCCCACUAGUGAAGCAGGGCCUAAAGGUGGUGGGCAGAUGGUCAGUUCCCCAGGGAGAGAAUGGUCUGUAAGGGAGAGAGGACUGUCGUAACAUGUCUGCUGCUGACACCAGCAUGGAAGACCAACAGACGAUGAGAGGAGAAACAGGGAGUGGCGUAUGAUAUGCAGCACGCGCCGUCUGCUAAAUACGUUCCGCUUUGAUACGGAUACUCAGAAUACUCUAAUGAUGAGAUCAGCAGUUUUCUGAGGUUCUCUGUCAUCAUUCAAGUCUGGAACUGUGCUUUGUCCAUGUUGAUAUCUGGUCUGGUGAUGUCACGGCUACAGCCAGACCUGAAACAGAAACUGAAAGUUGAUUCAGUUGUGGCCUAAACUCAAAAGUGUGCUUGAGAGGGCAGUUGUGGCCUACACUCAAGAGUGUGUUGGACAGGGCAGUCACGCCUUAUUGUUGGGCGGCUGUUGCCGCAUUGCACUUAGCACACUUAAUUGCACUGAAAUGCCACAAGGUAUUCUUUUAUGAACCCAGAGGAAUGAACGAGGCGGGGAGACACAUAGCUGAUUUGAAUUGUACUCAAGAGUGGAAUUAUCCAGCACCCAAUGUGACAGCUGACCAACAAUGUACUGCCACUGUCUGGUUUAUUGAAGGAUUUGUUUGUUUGUUUUUUCAAUGAAAAUGUUUGUAUUUUUAUAUAUAUAUUCAUAUAUACUCUGUAUUUGUUUUUUUUUACAAUGUUGUAUCUGAAUAUGGAAACAAGAGUGAGAUUUGAAGCAAGUCAAACUAAUCCAUUCAUUAUCACCUACUUGAAUGAAAACAAGCACACGAGGAGAGUCACUAGUCUGUAAAUGUUGUCAGAAAGAUUUUAUUGUAAUUUUGCAGAGGAGUUAUGAAUUGUGUGUACAUUAAGGAGUUUGUCAAUACAUUGGAUGAGUACAUCCUGAGACAAAUAUAUUCUACCUCUUGGCAACGAGUGUUUGUUGAAGUUAAUGUGAUUAACUUUACGGUAUUCUGGCCAUACAUUUUAUUUAUUUGUCUUGGAGAUGGAGAAGGACUGUCAUUUGGCAGCAAUUACACAAUUGCUGUUUAGAAAUAUUUAUGUAGGCGACUUUGUUUACUUUGACUUCUACUCUCCUAUCAAAACCCAUGGACAGUUUCUCUAAGCCCCUCAGCGAAACUUCAUGGAUGUCUGGAAUCACCAUAGCAACCUUGUUAUUUGCUUCAAAACAACACUGUGCCUUCACGAUGGACCUGACUGCAGAACGGCUUUGGGCCUGGUCUGGCCCAGACGUGGCCUCAAUCAGCACCAGGUCUGGGGAUGAAGACCUGGCCCGGCGUCCACAGCUAUCGUGGGCCAUCAUCAGGAGGUGGAAUGUUGACAAUCUGAGCAGAAAUGGGACACAAGAUACACUGUGAGGAGCGUUUUUCGACGCCAAUGAGUGAAAAUUCCUUUCCUUCGUCUGCCUGCGUCAGGCUUAACGUACGCUGACACCCCGUCAGCAUUCUUACUUACUGUGGAGGAGGAGGGGGGAGGGGGGAGAGAAGGAGAGGAGAGGAGAGGAGAGGA